GUUUCCCCACACCCGCACUAGUAGUUGUCCAAGAGAAACAGAGUUUUUGCUGAAAGAAAGGUGAGAGGAGACAAGAGAAUUGAAUUGAGUGGUAUUCCAACGUCGAAAGCAGAUAAUCUGCAUCCCAGACAGACACAGCUUUCUCUAUCUCCUUUUCUUCUCUCUCUCUCUCUCUCUCUCUCUCUCUCUCUCUCUAUAUAUAUAUAUAUAUAUAUAUAUAUAUAUGUACGUAUGUGCCACUACUCACUCUGCCUCUAACAGUGUGACUCUCCCAUAUCAUUAUCUCAUAAAGGAGACUGGUGUUGGUGUUGGAACAUUGCAACAACUUGUUUCAAAUCAUCAAGGAAAAACAAAGCUCUAAAUUCCUCAUUGACCAAAUAAGCAAGCUGUUUAGAAUGGGUGCAGUUUGUUGGCCAUAUUUUGAUCCUGAGUAUGAGAAUUUCAGCAAUAGAAUUAACCCUCCAAGGGUUUCCGUGGACAAUGCUAGUUGCCAUAAUUGUACUCUAAUCAAGUUUGAUAGUGUUAACAAACCUGGAAUUCUGCUGGAAGUUGUUCAAAUAUUGACAGACCUUGACUUCAUAAUUACCAAAGCUUACAUAUCUUCUGAUGGAGGAUGGUUCAUGGAUGUAUUUCAUGUCACGGAUCAGCGAGGAAAAAAGAUAACAGAUAGCAAAACCAUUGACCUCAUUGAAAAGGCUCUAGGACCGAAGAGCCAGAGCACAGAAGGGGUGAAGAAUUGGUCAGGCAAACGGGUCGGGGUGCAUUCUGUUGGCGAUCAUAUAGCCGUUGAGCUAAUCGGGAGAGACCGUCCUGGUCUAUUGUCUGAGAUCUCAGCUGUUCUUGCCAACCUCCACUUUAACGUAGCUGUAGCGGAAGCUUGGACUCAUAACAGGCGAAUAGCUUGCAUCCUUUAUGUCAAUGACGGUACGAGACAAGCUGUGGAUGAUCCAAAAAGAUUAUCUGUUAUGGAGGAGCAACUCAAUAAUGUCUUACGUGGAUGUGAGGAUGGUGAUAAAAUUGCUAGUAGGACUAGUCUCUCCAUGAGUUUCACCCAUAUUGAUAGGCGGCUCCACCAAAUGUUGUUUGCUGAUCGGGAUUAUGAAAGUUGUGGAGUAACGACAGACAGUGUCUGUGCUCCCUCUUUCAGGCCAAAAAUCGCAAUAGAGUGUUGCGAGGAAAAAGGGUACUCGGUGGUUAGUGUCAGGUGCAGAGAUCGUGCAAAACUCAUGUUUGACAUUGUUUGCACCCUUACUGAUAUGCAAUAUGUUGUUUUCCAUGCCACAAUCUCAUCAGAUGGCCCUUAUGCAUCCCAGGAAUAUUUUAUUCGGCACAUGGACGGAUGCACACUUGAUACAGAAGGAGAGAAAGAAAGGGUCAUCAAAUGCAUUGAAGCUGCUAUUCAAAGAAGAGUAAGCGAGGGUGUGAGCCUUGAGCUUUGUGCAAAGGAUAGAGUGGGAUUGCUGUCUGAAGUAACAAGGAUUCUAAGAGAGAAUGGCUUAACAGUUUGUAGGGCAGGUAUAUCAACAAAAGGAGAGCAAGCACUUAAUGUCUUCUAUGUUAGGGAUGCAUCAGGCAACACAUUGGACAUGAAGACUAUAGAAGCACUUUGUAAAGAAAUAGGCAAAACAAUGAUGAUAGAUGUGAAGAAGGUACCAGCAUAUGACAAAACACAUGAGACACGAGGAUGGGCUAAAACUAGCUUCUUCUUUGGUAACUUGUUGGAAAGGUUUUUGGCUUGAUAAUUAUGCAUCUAGUUUGGUUAUUUUAUUAAUAAAGACACAUUAUGAUGUAUAUAUAGAAGAAUAAUCUGUUUGUGUCUCAAACAUAAGCAGUGCUUCGACUAUUAGAAUAAUGCUUGCAACUUAGAUCUUCCUCUAUCCUGAUUUAAUUUUCUAGCCCUGUUCAUGAAUAUGGAUUUUUAUUUUUUUGUCA